AUGAAUCUUUUCUCUCUGGUUCUCUGGUGGGAGUAAGUUAUUUUUUCUAUGCACACCUUAAUGUAUAAUUGCCGUCUCUCCUUUAUCUCUCUUCGUGAUCCACCUUAGCAGACACUGGUUGCUUUGUGAUUUGGGGCAUGAGGGAGGCGCAUAUAUACGUGGAAAGAAUAGAUGUCAGUACAAUUAUUCCUUAAUGAAAUUCUUUACAUUGUAAGCUGGAUUUCAGAGACUGUCAUGCAAUCCAAGGCACAUUGGACGUCUUUUCAGCACUGAGGCUACAAGGUUCAUUUAUUUAACAUUAACUCGACAUUUCUUUUUCUAACACCACAAAGAUAGAUGAAUAAAUAAGAAUUUCUUCUCUUUGUACUAUGUACCGAGUAUAGUUUGGGGUGCCGGGGAUCUAGCAGUGAAUGAGACAAGGAUCCUACCUUGAGUAUAAAGUAUGUACUUUAUUCCAUCAAAACUGAUAAACUUCAGAUAAGUUAGAUACCCAGCCAUUCAGACAUGGCAGUUGGAUUUUCUGAUUCACAACUUCAAGGCCAUAUCCACAAUCUUAUUUUCUGUAGUUUUGAGUCUGAUUUAAUCUCAAGGUGCUCCCCUCAUCUAGAGAGGAUAUGACAAGUCCCAUGUUGCAGCAGUAGAGGGGAGGGCAAGCCUCUUACUGUUGGCAUUACUUUACAAGCAGCACUGUAAUACUUGCCACUCAGCAAAAAUGCAUCAUGUACUAUGUUAGUCGGGGAUUCUCUCCGUUCCAGACUUCCUGGCUCCUCCAUGCAUCUCCUUAAAUUGAAGAUACAAAGAACAUCAAAGAAAUGUUGUUAUCUACUCCAAUAAUGUAGCAAACACUUGCUUGAUUAAGUAAAAAGUAAUAGAGACCUCUUUUCUGCCUGGGAAGGGAGAUAUACCAUGAGGGUAUAUCUAACCUUACAGGUGUACAGGUAUAUCUAGUCUUACAGGUGACAGGAAGUUGCUUUUAUUCUCUGAUUAUCUUGUAUAUGUCAGAUACUAUUGUAGAGACUAUUGACACAGCAGUAAAGAAACAUACAGUGGAUUGGUUUGGUUUUGAUUUUGGAAAUCUGUCUUUAGCAGUCAUAUGAUAGAUGAACCUGAAAGACAAGCAGAAUAAGGCAACAGCCAGCCAGUUAUUACUGUAGUGUGGCCUAAAUAAGUAAGGGAAAGAAAAAGCAAGUUCUGAUGUUUCAAAAUGCCUGGUAUACACGUUCUGAUGCCUUGUUGAUGUGAAAAAGCUGAAGAACAGCGCUGAAGUUUACACUUGGGUUUCUGAGUGAUGAUGCUGUCAGGAGCUUGCCUAGUUCCCUCUGGAGAAGAGGCAAAAAACUAAUUGAAUUUGAGCCACAGAAAUACAGAUAUGGAAGUCAGAAAACCAGUCAGAGAGGACUUGACUGAUACUCCCAUAUAAAUGUUUAAAGAAGGAGCAAAAAAGAAUACUUAUUCUUGCCAGAUACUGCAGAGAACAUUAGUAGAAUCUGAACUUUUACAAUCCUAUUGGAUUUGGUAGCUGGGAGGUUACAGGAACCCCAAAACCAAUUUCUGUAGACAUUGGUUAAAACAGCUACAUUGUAAUUGACUUAAGGAAUUAACAGGCAGGAGGCUGAGAUCUUCCAGCCAAAGGCUCUUCAUCAUCUUCUUUAGAAGCUUUGGGCCAGAUGUUAGAUCUUUCUUCUCCUCUCUUCGUUUUCCUCUUGUGGGGCCUAUAGUUGAAUGCCUGAGUUAGGACCAUAGUGGGAAGACAAAUUAAGAUCUUUGUAUCUCUGGUAGGAGAGAGGUCAUGGAUAGAAGAGACUGGUGUUUGGUGAGUCCGAUGGUGCAAAGAUCAUUCUCAAUAACCAGCUGCAUAUCUUGUGAGCCCAGAAUCCUGACUCCAGAGAGGAAAAAGAAAUGACAGAGUUUGUUCUCUAAUGAGUGAGGAAGCUUGGAAUGGAAAGCUGAAGUAGAAUGAACAUUUGCAGGGCUGGUGGGGGAAACAUUAAUUUUAUUCAGAAAUUCUGCCAGUGAAGGAGUAGAGUGGAGUGGCACACUGUGAGACUAGAUCUAGCAGUUGAGGCAGGGAACUGACCCCAAUUAAAAACUGCAGCUUGUUUGCCUAACUUUCUUCAGGAAUAGGGACAGAGAGUAUGCUGUUGGCAUAAAGACAGUAGAAAUUUAGAUGGCCAAUUAGUAUUUCUGAAGCCAAAAUGGUGGUUCAGAAGGUGUGAGAGGAAAAGGACACCUGAGUUUCUGAGAGCUCAAAGUGAAUGCUUGGGUCCCAUUCAAGGAUAGGAUCCAGUUAGUGGCCGAGGGACUCUGACUGCAUGGAGGUGCAAAACCCCAGAUUUGUACAGAGUUAGAAGUUGAAAGCAACGGUCCGGACAAGAGCUUCGGAGUUUUCUACCCAGAGGAUUCAAUAAGUUACCUGAGUCUCCAAGCCCCAGCUUCCAAACACACUCCGAUCCUUACUCUUGCUUGCAAUGCUGUCUCCGCCCACUUGGGGGCGGGGCUCGAGGGCGAGGCUGGUGGCUGUUCAGAAGCCUCGAGAGCCAUCAGUUCCUACCAGACUCUUGCUGGGGGUGCCGUCCAGCCCAUGGCCGGGCGCAGGUCUUCAAACGUCUUCCCCCUCCCAGGCAAUAGUGGUGGUGGCCUGGAAGGGCCAGUGCCCGUGCGAGUUGACACCCCAACUUGGUUGAGCAGCCAAGCAGCCACCAGCAGGUUAAUGGUGCGGCCUGGUACCGGGCCAGGCAUCUGUCCAGGCUCUGGGGUGUGGGGAGUGCCUCUGGUUCCCUCACCUUAUGAAUUCCGAGGAGGGGUAGCACCCUACGGAGCUGGUGAGGCAAGGGCCUGGUCCCAGAGGUCCUCUGAGGAUACCUGCCCAGGACCCUACAUCGCUCUGAGGUACAUGCCAAAUUUGGCACUGCCAGAAGAUGUUUCUGCCAUACAGAAAGAAAUGGAGCAGCUGGCCAAGGAGCUGAGACAGAAGAGGAUGACCCUGGGGUACUCACAGGCCGAUGUGGGGUUCGCUGUAGGAGCUAUGUUUGGGAAGGUCCUCAGCCAGACAACCAUAUGCCGUUUCGAGGCCCAGCAACUCAGCCUCGCCAAUAUGUGGAAGCUGCGACCCCUGCUGAAAAUGUGGCUAGAGGAAGUAGAUGAGAAGAACCUUCUGGGCAUAUGCAGAAUGGAGAUGAUCCUGCAGCAGGCCCGGAAGCGGAGACGUGCAAGCAGAGAGAGACGCAUUGGGAGCAAUCUGGAGAAACUGUUCUUGCAGUGUCCAGAGCCCACGCCCCAGCAAAUCAGCUAUAUUGCUGGGCGCCUCCGGCUGCAGAAGGACCUGGUCCAAGUGUGGUUUUCUAACCGGAGCCAGAUGGGCAGUUGGCAGAGCAGCGAUACCUCCCGGAGGGAGAAUGUGGGGGCAGCUGGGCCUCCUUUCCCAGGGCCACCGGUGUGCUUUCCCCUGGCACCGGGGCUCCAUUUUGAUUUCCCCCACUAUGGGGGGUCAUGUCUUACACCCCUCUAUUCCUCUGCCGCAUUUCCUGUACGAGGAGCCCUUUUGUCUGCCCCAACCACCACGCUGGGCCUCCCCAGGCUGUCAAGCUGAGGGGCCUACCCUGCACAGGGAAAAUUGGAGAGUAGAGAAAAGGGGCUUUGUUUGAGUGGUUUUAGUGUUCAGUUCUCUGCCUAAAGAAGUUACACAAACUUAGAGGUGAGGGUGGGUGUUAUUUACGGAAAGCUUGGGAGGGAAGUUAAACCUUAUCACUUGCUUCUUUGUGUUUUUUCCUUUGUUUGUCCCUGCUGUUGGCAUUACAAUAUAUUUAUGGCUUCAACGCUUUGUUUCUCUUUUUAUUAUUAAAGACAUGUCCAUUGUUCCUUAUUGUUAUCAGGAAACACAAAGAGUUUCUUUCUAAACACACUAUAAAAUUAAAAACCCAAGUCACAGAAAAAUACCAGCAUUUAUUAAAAAAAAAAAAAAAAGGCAGACCUUUACACCAAUACAAAACCCAGGAUAACAGGUACUCCUCAGGAAGUCCUAGAAAUGCAGCAAAACCCUUUUAGACACAUCUGCUUCCUUGCAAGCUCCUUUCCUUCCUAAUUUACCUUUUCCAGCCAACCAAUGAAUGGUUAGGUGGGCGUGAGGGUCUCAGCUUGGUUGUCUGUCUUCUUGAGAUAUGCACUACCAUGGCUUUCUUGCUUAUCCUGAGGUGGAAGUCAUUCUAAUCUUAACCACUUUGUUACUGAAGCUGGCAGUGUGAACCACCAUAGCUGCAGUCCAGUUCUCUAGCUUAGAGCUCCAUGUGGUUUGUUUUUUGGGAAUACCCUUUACUUUUUUUUUUUUUUUUUUUUUUUUUUU